CACGACCCUCGGUAUCGUUAUUGUCGAUAUUUGUAUCGAUCCACCCGGUAGUCGACAGCCCCAUACGUCAUGAGGUCGCUGCCACCGUCUGAAAACAUACCACCUCCGUCUCUGCUCCAAGGUUUGGAUGGUGGCCCUUAGCUCUAUGGAGUCCAAACUAGUGACGGAGUGAUGGUCUAAGGACUGACAGUCACGGAGGUGCUGCUGAGUGGAAUGUUGCGCUGGUCGGUGCACCUUGAAGGAGGGCCACGGAGAGUCAACCAUGCUGCUGUGGCCGUGGGUCACAAGGUGUACACCUUCGGGGGCUACUGCUCUGGGGAAGACUAUGAGACACUGCGUCAGAUUGACGUGCAUGUUUUCAACACAGUGUCUCUACGCUGGAUGAAAUUGCCCCCAGUGAGGCCUGUGGGACAUGAGCGUGCUCGUGAAGUGCCCUACAUGCGCUAUGGUCACACAGCAGUGCUCCUGGAUGACACCAUAUACCUGUGGGGGGGACGUAACGACACAGAGGGGGCCUGCAAUGUGCUGUAUGCUUUUGAUGUCAAUAGCCACAAAUGGUUCACACCCAAAGUUUCCGGGACAGUUCCAGGGGCAAGAGAUGGCCACUCUGCCUGUGUGAUGUUGAAAGCGAUGUAUAUAUUUGGAGGAUAUGAGCAGCUGGCUGACUGCUUCUCCAAUGACAUCCACAAACUGGACACCACCACCAUGAUAUGGUCUUUUAUUAAUGCCAGAGGUAUUCCAGCAAGCUGGCGUGACUUCCACUCAGCAACCAUUAUAGGCACAAAGAUGUUCGUAUUUGGAGGGCGAGGAGACCGUUUUGGUCCGUUCCACUCCAAUAAUGAAAUCUACUGCAAUAUGAUAGAAGUGUUUGACACACAGACCAACUGCUGGCUGAGCACUCCCUCAACACAACCAUUGCCUGAGGGACGGAGGAGUCAUUCAGCCUUUUCCUACAAGGGAGAGCUGUACAUAUUUGGAGGAUACAAUGCUCAUUUGGACCAGCACUUCAACGAUCUCUGGAAAUUCAAUCCAGAAGCCUUUUCUUGGAAGAAAGUGGAACCCAACGGGAAAGGCCCAUGUCCUCGAAGAAGACAAUGCUGCUGCAUGGUUGGAGAUCGAAUCAUCCUCUUUGGAGGAACCAGGCGGCGACCAACUACCCAGGGUGAGCCACACCCGACUAUUUGCUUACUCGUCAGUGAAGCAGCCCGUCACGGUAAUCUUGACACAAUGACUCCCUGUCCUGAGCAAGGAAUGGGUGAUGAAUUUAACCUCAUGGAUCAUUCAGACCUUUACAUCUUAGAUUUCAGUCCAAAUUUGAAGACAUUAUGCAAAAUAGCUGUAAUUCAAUACAGUCUGGAGCAGUCGGGCCUUCCACAUGAUAUCAGGUGGGAACUGUCUGCCAUGACCACCAACAGCAACAUCAGCAGGCCCAUUUUCUCCUCACAUGGCUGAUGUGGCUGGAUAUCAAAAAGGAGCAGAAUUUAUAUCUCUGAUCCAUUGCUGAUGGCGGGACUGCUUUUGCCACAGAUGGAUCUAUGGUGGAUUCAGUCUAUUCAUCAAAAUGUCCUGCAUAGGACUUAUUUUUGGACUGGAUGGGCUUUCUCGCAUUCAGGAGGUCUCACAGGAGGAAAAAAUGGCUGACACCUGAUCACCUUUUAUCUUCUUUUUUUGUCUUCAGAGAUCCAAUCAGCCUAUGAUAAUCACAGACUUUGAAUCCUAAGCACAGGAAGGACUGAAGGAGAAGAAAAACGAGAGGGAAAUUACCAUGAGAGCUAUCGCUGGGAGACAAAUCGUAACACAAAAUCUACAUUAAGAGACUUAAAGGGACAUGACUAUGUACAAUUACAUAGAUUUCAUGUCAAUUUGCAGCUAAUGGGUCAAUAGACUAACUUUUUUUGGUGUUCAGGGAGAUUGUUUAAUUGGGUACUGUGCUGGUGAACUUGUUUGAUCAUCUUUCAAUGCUUUGCUACACUUCAUCUCCACAUGGCAACCCCACUGCCUGACUUUUGGUGAUUCAACACUCAUUUACAAGCAGCCCAGUCUUGUGUUUUUUUUCAACCCAUCUACCUCUCCCAAUAGCAUGCCGCACUUGUCAAUAUAUUCCCAGAACAAAGGAAUUAUCAUUGCGGUCACACACCUGCCAUAACUUUUCCCCUACCAAAUAUACAAAUGAGUCAUGCAAAUGUUAAGCAUAUGUUUACACACAAUCCCAGCUCUGCAAGUUUCGUGCUACCUGUUUUGGAGAGUGGCACCACUAACAUGCGUCACAUGGCUCUUUUUCUUUGAAGUUUGUUCUAUACUGUGCAAUUGUGUCCAUCACAAGAGUUACGGGGGAAAAAUAGGCCAAAUACAGUGAUAAUGCAAGCGCAACUAUGGCAACAAAAUCAAUGUGGGACUCAGAGAUGUAUUGCUGUCAUGUCUGCUGGCUAAAGCUCACACUGUUCCUGUCAAUUUGCAUUAAUAACCUGACUCACCGCCAGCAAUUUGCAACACUGGCAUCCCAAACGGUUAACACUAUUCCUUAGAGUACUUUAUUUUCUGUACAACACACAAAAACACCACUAAUUGUAAGUCUUGUUUGUUGAAGACAUUUCACCUUUUGUCCAGAAGGCUGGUCAGUUCUGAACCUAAGGAAUGGAGUUUUCUUAUUUAUAUCUCUGGUGGGUGUGUUCCCUAGGGCUGGUCACAAUAGGGUUGCUGAUGUUUUCUGACAUGGCUAGAGAACAACUGUGUUGCAUACCAAUAGGUCAUUCGACUGCCUGCUGGCGUAACAACUCGUUAGUGAACACCAGGAACAUUAACAGCCCUUAAGUUUAAAACUAAAUAAACUUUUUAGACAAAAGGCGAAACUUCUUCAACAUACAGGAAGACUCCACUUGCCUCGAUUCAACUUUUGCAGAUAUCCAUUAGCUGGAUGACAGAGAACAUACACAGACACAUUAUUCGUAGUAGCCACAACUCAAUGUUCAAUCAAGUAGUGCAGAGCUGCUCUGCCGACUUUUGUGGGAGACUUCCAAUAAAUGCCCUUGUGUCCAGACACCCUGAGUGAAGCUAAAAAUCUCCUGGAUUGUGGUGUUUUUGUGUGGAUAUAAAAUAUUGUACCGUCUGCCUGGAUGUUGAUGGAUGUCAAGGCAUUAAAGCCCAAACAUACUCAAAUGCAAUGUACACGGAACGUUGUCCGCAGAGGUCCACGCAUAAUCAAAACAGACGUCCGCCAGACCUAUGCUGUGUGCAAAGUUCAAAUUUUAUGACUAUGCUGUGCGUAGUCCUGUCACACAUAGCAUUGCCUGGAGUUUAUUAUUUUUUUACAUCAACCCACUUUAUGUGUGACACCGAUCAGGCAACUAUAUGAAUGAAAUGUUUACACGACUCACUGAGACAAUUUCCGACAGUCGAUGUGCCUAGUGAGUGGUUUCUGGUUUCAACACUUACUCCCUCUCCUCCUUCCUUUGCUUUGCCUCCAUCGUUUGCGCAGCCUGUAGACAUUCAUGGCCUCACAGACAGUUGGAAAUGAAAUAACUCUUAUGUCUUACCACCACCCAUAUCAGUCCAAAUGCUACACAUAGAUGUCAAGUCUGCUGCUUUUCUUGAAAAACUACCAUUUUUUCUUUUUUUAAAAGAAGUUUCCUGUAAACCUUUCAACUUUCGUAAAAAUGUGAAAAUCCAAUCUGAUACUGCAGGUGACUAUGGUUACAGAAUCCUUGCUUGAGCUACAGCAGUUUGUGCACAGCAGUAGUGGUAGUGGACGGGGACGGUUGGAGAUCUCUCCCAUACACCAAUUGUUGACUUUUAGUAAAUCUACACAUUUGCACUGUGCAAUUAGGCUUGCAUUCCUCUAAACGUAUAUAUAUAUUGUACAACAGGUAUUAGACAAUCCAAGCAGUGUCAAGCCCCUUUCCUCAUGACCUGCUUUUCGAGAAACCAGGAAAGUGUGCAUGUACAUACUUAGACAUGAUACCAAUGUAUAAGGGCUCUCGUUUAGAUUUCUCACUGCAAAAAGAAAAUCCCACUUUUGCAUCCAUCCAUGUUCAAUUUACAGCUAAAGGUUGCGUGCUAAUAUUCUAGUAUCCUUGAUGGCCUCAGCCAAAGUCUGUUCUGCUGAAGUUUCUUAAGCGUUAAAUAAUAUUAAGAAAAAGAACUAUUUUACGAACUGCCAACCCAGACUGGCAUAGAUAAAGUGCAUUUGUGGUUGGAUUGUUGUCCAUUAGGUUCAUAUUUACAGCAUCAGGAUCAUUAUGUGUUUUUAGAACCAGAGGAAACAUACCAACUUCACGCUAAGUGAUGUGGUCAUUGUAGUGUUAAUCGUUUUUCGUGUCAUGGAAGGUUCAAACUGAGUUAUGGAAGAUUUGAAGAAUAGGUUUUGAUUACACAGACAUUAUGAUCAAUACAUUGUAGAGCUUGGCAGUUUCUUUCUUGGAAAAAGUCAUUGUAACACAACUAAGUUAAUAAGGUGGAGAGAAUUAAUCUCUGUGUUGCCUUUCUUUCAGCAUUGGAACCACACACUUCAGUUGUUUCUGAUGCAGUACUGAUGUCCAAUCUUUGUGACCAUACUCAAGUUGGUAGCACAGUGCUUUUCUGUCUGAGUUUCUGGGAUCAACUAUGCUUUACUCUCACAUGUGAAGGACAGUUUUCCUAUAGUGAUAGUUUGCAUGUCUUUAAUUUAUUUGGCUGACUGACAAAUUAUUUUGACUGAACUGGCUUGCACCGUAACUGUUAACCAAUGAGUGUAUGUCCAUGUUGUUAUACACCAAAAUUUUAUAUAUUUUUUAAUUUUUUUUUUUUUUUAAUUUCUUGCGCGGCCCGGUCCCAAUCGGUACCGGUCCGCGGACCGGUGGUUGGGGACCACUGAUCUACAGAACUGGAGCCCAUUUCCCCUCGUAGACAGUGUGGCUGAAGGCAUGUAAAACUAUUAUUUUGAUUACUUCAUUGCAUAUUUUGGUCUCCUUGGUCCAUGAUUACUUUAAAACUGAUAUGAUUAAUGUUAUGAGAGAAAAAAAUAUUUAAAAUAAUCACCAUUUCUAGACUUCCCUGCUCGUUUUAUGUCCUCUUCCAAAGAUACCAUAGCCUGUGUUUAUUCAUGCUCUUUUGGCAUUUUCUCAAGCAUCUUGAGAAAAACAACAGUAAAGGAGGGUUGGGGUUAGAAUAAGCGCGCCUUUUUCUCUCAUUUUUGAGCGCCGGUUCUGCUCCUCUUUCUCCAUUAUUCUGCAGGUUCUAACUAAGUUUUUCUCCCAUUGAGUGUGCUCCUGAUUCUCGGGAUCACAUUUGAGUUGAGUCUUUAAAGCCAAACUCUGAUUAAAACCCUUAUUUGAAGACAAUCAUUAAGAAUACCACUGCAAAUUAUACUCCUCUCACUUUGUCCGUCCCAUUAUGUUAAAGGGGUCCAUACUUUCCUCAUAUUCCCAUCAUUUGGAAUUAUACGCAGGCUGACCCCUUCUUUAGUUGUGUUGCUACAACCUGCAACAAUGCAUCAGGCAGCCAUAUUUCGAAAUGCCUCUAAAUUAUGAUGUUCAUUUUCACUUCAAUGGCGAAGGCUUUAAUUUUCUUUGGCACAAUGUCAUCAGAAGAGCCUGUGUAUGCCUAAGAAACAUGAUGAAGUGUAAAAAGUCAAGUAAUAAGUUCUCCUCAGUGUUAGGCAUGUGAUGUAUCCUUACCACUAUCCGUAUGUGCACUGUUACUGGUUUUCAAGCAGACCAAAAUUAGUUUUUUAUUUAAUUAAUGUAUGUCAGUUUGUAACCACGAAAUGUGACAUGGAAUGAGGAAAACUUUUAUGGACACAAACCAAGUCUAAUAGUUGGCGUUCACACACACAAAUGAUAUACAUCAGUCCCGCAGUGUAAAGCAGCCAAACAACUCAUAUGUGAUGUGACACUGAAAGGACAUAAUUAAAACUAAUGUAAUUAGUGAUGGGGUUUUUUUUCUCCUAUCUUGUGUAAAGAUUAUGGAUGACAUAAUUCUUCAGGGAUAACAACACUUUGUAAAAAAAACUUUCUCUGAAAAUGAUACAAACACUUCCAGCUGGGCAAUGCUGAUGCUUAAGUGUGUUUAUUUACAUAUGUUGGCAUGACAUUCUUAAUGGUGGUGAUUAAACCCUCCCUAUUAAAUAGAGUUCAAAUACAAGGAAAGCGGUGUGCCUUGCUUUCAAAAAUGGUAAAUGCUCUUGGAAUAUAGUGCCAGACGAUUUAAUUCUGACAUGGUAGCAUAAUAGUGUCUCCAAUCAAUGGAAUGAAUAAUUCCUUCCUAACAAAUACUUAGAAAUAACCGAACAAAGUGUAUAAUCAUUCAAUUAUACACACACACUUGGCUAUUGUUGUAUUUUUUUUACAUUUUUUUGUUUUUUUCAUUUUCUUUAGAGAUUGUAAAGUUGGUUAGGACUUUAUGUGCAAUAUUCUUUAUGACAAUACCAGGAAUAAAUA